AUCGUCGCGCGGAACGUUCGUGUCUCGCUCUGCUUCCUCGUGGUCGUGCUGUUCCACGCGUACAUUCCAUCGGAAUUAUCGUUUUAUAGCGAUACAGUGUCGCGUCACCGGGGACCUCGAUGCUUCGCCUCUGUCAGCGGGCGCAUCCGUGACAUCGGACAGUGCGGAGCCAGGAAAGGAUCAAGAGGAGCAAUACACCGGCUGUUAGCGAGGAUUAGCCAGUUCCUCGAGGAUGAGCUGUUGCUGUUGCACGGACGAGCCAUCGUCCAAAGUGGAGCCCGGGACACCGGACCACGAGGGGAUGUCGACGAGGCAGCCGGACCAGUUUUUCGUUACCGAUCGAUCGUGCACUGAUAUCCUGAGUUUGAUCGUUCUGAUCGGUUUGGUCAUUGGUUUCGGUUUCCUUAUGAGCAUCGUCGCGCAGAAAGGAGACAUUUACCGCGUUGUAAAUGGCUACGAUGACUGUGCGAACGUUUGCGGUCGUAUCACGGAAAGAGAACGUUCGAAUAAUUCCGAUUUCGCAUGCAAGGGUAAAGACAUGAGGAAAAACCGGUACCUGCAGAUUACGGUGGACACACGAGGGGUGAAAACUCGCACGUGCGUGGAAAAAUGCGGCCCUCAGGAUACGGUGUUUUUAAAUCGCUGCGUGAAGAACGAAACGAUGGAGUCGAUCACUUCUUUGAUCACGAAACUCGGUCUCGAUAAUUUUUACAAGGAAGCCUCCAGGGAUCUUAGCGUUGCUUGGAGAGAGAUAGUUUACUUAUUACUGAUCGCUUUAGCUAUUUCAUUCGGCAUUUUAAUCGCUUUCCGCUACAUGGUGCAAUGGAUUGUUUACAUUGUUUUAACAGCCGUUAUUUUGGCGUCCAUCGGUGGUUCGGCAUUUCUUUGGCUAACGUGGUACUGGGAGAAAAGAGCGGUGCAAACGCAUGAAAUAGACGUGGAAGAUUCGAGCGAGCAGGCUUACAUAGUCUACGCGAUCAUACUGACUGCUGUUACGGUCGUCAUUCUUCUGAUCAUUCUGGUGAUGAGAAAACGAAUCGCCCUGGUGAUGCAGCUGUUCCAUGAGGCAGGAAAGGCUGUCUACGCGAUGCCAGUGCUCCUCCUUCAGCCUGUAUAUACUUAUCUUCUGAUCGGUCUCACCGUGUGCGGCUGGCUUUACUGCAUGCUUUGGAUCGAAAGCGCUGGGAACAUUUACAAGAACCGGAAAAAUCACAUCCAUUUCAGGAAGGAUAGUGUUCUAAUCGCGACCAGAUGGUACAAUCUGUUCUUCUUCUUCGUCACCUGCGAAUUCCUCUUGGGCUGCCAGCAUAUAGUCGUCGCUGGCGCCGUUGCACGUUGGUUCUUCACCAGGGACAAGAAGCAGGUCUCUCUGCCAGUCGUGAAAAGCUUUGGUUAUCUCAUACGAUAUCAUUUAGGCACUGUAGCAUUUGGCGCACUGAUUAUUGGUAUAGUUCGAUUGAUAAGGGCCAUCAUUUCCUUCGUGCAAAAUCGCCUCAAGAAAUACGACAACGAUUGCGUACGAUUAAUCUUAUGGUGCUGUCAUUGUUGUUUCUGGUGUUUCGAGUGCGCUUUGAGGUUCCUCACGAGGAAUGCUUACAUCGAAACAGCUAUAUACGGAUGUAAUUUUUGUACGGGAGGCAAAAAAGCUUUUCAGGCUUUAGCCAGCAACGUGCUAAGAGUCGCAGCUAUCAACAGCGUUGGAGACUUUGUUCUAUUUUUAGGAAAAGUAACGGUGGUCACGUUGACAGUUGUUUCGGGAAUUUACUUACUACAGAAAAAAGAAGGACUCCAUUAUCCAUGGGUACCGAUUGCGUUGGCCGGAUUUUUCGCUAUGUUGGUCGCGCAUUGUUUUAUUUCCAUAUACGAGAUGAUCAUAGAUACGAUAUUCAUCUGUUUCUGCGAAGAUUACGCGAAGAACGAUGGCAUCAACAGGCCAUACUUCAUGAGCCGUGGAUUAAUGGAAUUCGUUGAAAACAGCAAGAAAGCUCUCCGAUACGCGGAUCAUCACUCGUAACGACGUUUUAUUGCUCGUUAAAAUAUUACACGGCAUUUCGAAGAUACCCGAACCUUCGGAUCGUGUCUUCGAAACCAUCGUGGCACGAAACACGCGAAAAUGCCUGGCGAAUGAACGUUAUAUUAAACUUCGAACGUUCCAUUUCGCGAAUUUUCCAAAAACACGUCGCGUGUUUCUUUACCUCUGUUUCUAAGUACAAGUACAGUAUCACGUAGAAAAAUGUAAGUGGUAGCCAAUUUAGAUCACGGAUCUCUGCUGACUGUCUGUUCUAGAUCCUAAUUACAACUACAGCUACUGUAACUAUAAAGGAAGACAUCCUAUAGGUAGAUUAUCUAUAUUUUUUAUAAUAACGAAUGAGAAAGAUAAGCUUGAACAGACUUUUAAACGAACAAUAAACGUAACUCAAAUUACGACUGAUCGACGAGUACAACGAAGAGCUGUCUGUAUCUUAACGCGUAAUUUUCACGUAACGCUGUAUUUGUAUUUAGUUGCGUAAAUGCAGUGUACGCACAAUUGUUCGCGUUCUUCCAAUCGCAAGGAUGAACGGAAUUAUAGUUAUUGUUUUCACGUUACGAAUUGCCACGAGUCAUCUUCGUCAAAGAAAUCCGUGUGCUAAUCUAAGCCAUCCAAAGUGUUAUAUCGUAUUUAUGUUAUAUUAUAUUCUGCGAUUUUUGCAGCGGCGCAGCUUGUUGUACGUAUACGAACAACAAAUAUGAUAACAUUCCGGUCCGUACGAAAUCGUACGAGACACAUCGAACGAAAUAUUUCUUUUAUACAAAUCGAUCGCUUCUCCAUGACUCGUUCCAAGCGCACGUAGACGUACCGUUCGUGUGCAUUUACUCGCGUCGAUAAUAUAUCGCGUAGAAUAUCUCUUCUAUCGUGUGAAGCAUCUCGUUUGUAUUGUAUUAGCGUAUAAAUGUAUUAGCGUAUAAAUAAUAAUCGAACAGUCGCGAAGAGAUAUCGCUGCAACAUUGUCAAUAGUCCAAACAAGCAUCGUCUUGGAACACGUUCGAAACUUGGUAGCGCGUUUACCAAGAGCCUUUUGAACGCCUGCCAGCGAUUUGAAAAUUUAUGAAAAGGCGAUACUGCGAGCGGAAGUGCACUUAAUGCAGCGACGAUAACGCUAUCUCCGAGUAAUUGCAGUCGCAUCGACCAUCGCGUGUCUAGGUAUAUAUAUCCACUCCCUUUCUUUCACGCAACGAAACCGCCCAUCGAUAAUACGCGCAUCUCCAGCGUCACACCUUUCGAUGAUCGAUCGUCGACAAUGAACAAGUACAACGUUAUUUUUAAAUAUGGUCGCAGCUUUAAGUCACACGAUCACCUCCUCCGAAACAUUAUAGUAUUAUAAUUUUAAUAAAAUUCGUA